AUGGCGAUCCUCUAUGCCUUGGUUGCCAGAGGCACGGUGGUUCUGGCGGAGUUCAGUGCCGUCACCGGCAACACAGGCGCCGUCGCUCGUCGGUUACUCGAGAAGCUUCCUACCAAAUCGGAUUCCAGACUUUGCUUCUCUCAAGAUAGAUAUAUCUUCCACAUACUCCGAUCCGAUGGCCUCGCGUACCUUUGUAUGGCCAACGACACCUUCGGAAUUAGUUCAUCUAUUAAGAGAUUCAAUUGUGUUGCGGAGAGGUGUUCUUCAGAGGUUUUUCUGGCUUCUGUUGAGUGUUUGGAACUGAUCAGGCUUGAUACUGCAAAUUAUGCAACCGCGUUAGAAGCAGAAUCAAACAGAGGCUUCAUUCAAUUGGCAUCUGAGGAACAUGGUAAAAGGGAGAAGAACAAACCAGUGAUGCUAACUGGAUUAAUGGACAAUCAUUGGAAGGCUUGCACUGAUUGGGUUAACCCUAAUGGAAAACCUAAUCUCCAAUUUUUCUCCACUCAUUUUGGUUCCUCCAAAGUUCAGGUUGCAGACUGUGAUACCAGAGAUUUUACUGAUCAAAAAAGGGAGGACAUGUUGGUUUCCGAUUUCGUUCGACUUUGCUUUAAAUAUGAAGGUUCUGCAGUUCAGUGCAGUAAUCAAAUUGGUGUAAGUAAUGGUGACUCUGCAUCUGUACCGUAUUUGAAGGAUUGGCAUUUUGUGAAGGAGUAUCCUGAUUACGUACCAUACAUCACUCCGAUGUUCUUUUGUGAUGAUUGGCUCAACUUGUAUCUCGAUAACUUUAGAAUGAAUACUUAUUCCGACAGAGACCAGCAAAAUAAGGAAAUAUGUUGUUCUGACUAUCGUUUUGUUUACAUGGGAGUAAAAGGAUCUUGGACUCCUCUACAUGCUGAUGUUUUCAGAGCAGCUCCGAAGGCUCUUCAAAUUGAUGAAGAUGGUGAGAAAAUCAGAUAG